GGAAAACUCAAGAUGGCGGCUGUAUUGCUUCGACGAAUUUCCCCGCCCAUUCCUCUAUGCAAUCUACGUAUGAUAGCAACUUGUCGUCAUGUGCAAGCUGGACAAAAGUGGCGAACUAGCCAUGGUCAGGCACCWGAUGGGUUAAGAUAUGGACCAUUAACAGAUAAACCAGAUUGGUCAUACGCAGAUGGAAGACUAGCACCAGAAACAGCAAGAAGAAAAAGACGGAUGAGAAACAGGCUAGAUGUUGCACAAAGGAUUUCACAACUACUGACAGAAAUUGAUGAGGCAAAAGAGAACACAGAGCAAAGAAGUAGCAGUGCACAGGGAAAAUAUUGAAUAUUAGAAGUAGAGAUUGUCCAAAUCUAUCAUUUGAACUGUUUCUUGGCCUAUCAUACUUUUGCUGGUGAUCAGUAUCCUUUGGCCUGUCUUUGACAAGUAUAGCUUUGGGUCUCAGCCAUAAGGACUUUUUACAYGCCUCUAUACCUGAUUAUGUGGAUGGAUAUCACAUGGUCUGAUAUGAAGACUGCAUUUGACAAAAGCUGCUUAUCAUAUGGUUACCUCUUUAUUGUCAAAAAUGCUUUUAUGUGAUAUUGCAAAGUGUUAAAACUAUAAUUAGUAUAGUAGAAAAAAAUCCUCCUGUGAAUAAUAUAACUAGUUUAAGAUACAUAGAUGUCAGAUGCUGAUAUUGCACCAUCAGCAGUUUCUCAUGCUAUUAACCAAUUAAUCAUUUCUUAAUAAAGAGUUGUUACAUAAAAAUUAAAGUUUCAUCUAAAUGUCA